AACAGUGGGGAACGCUCAGGGACGGAAGACGAGUGUUGCUGAUCGACUUUGCGCCCCUCUAUUAAUAGACAUACAGUCAUUUUAUGCUUAUUCACGCUACGUUGGAUGCGUACUGAAUGUGCAGUAACCGUGUGGUAAAACAAGUGAGUGUAAAGUGAAAAGAGGGUGUUUUUUUGGGGUGGGGAGAAGCGAGCGUCGUCGCGUCGGGUCAAGAUGUCGAUUCAGUACGAGGAGCCGCCGCUGGCAGAUAGCUACGGAGUGGCUGACUCGUUCCCUAAAGACUUCGGCUAUGGAGAAGAGGAGGCCGACAUCGAGGACAGCCCAGCGCCUUCGGAUAGCAAACCGAGAAUACUGCUCAUGGGUUUGCGGAGAAGCGGGAAGUCGUCCAUUCAGAAGGUGGUGUUCCAUAAGAUGUCCCCCAAUGAGACCCUGUUUCUGGAGAGCACUAACAAAAUAUACAAGGAUGACAUCUCCAGCAGUUCCUUUGUCAACUUUCAGAUCUGGGAUUUCCCAGGCCAAGUGGACUUCUUUGAUCCCACCUUUGAUUAUGAGAUGAUCUUCAGAGGAACUGGAGCCUUGAUAUUUGUUAUUGAUGCACAGGAUGAUUAUGUGGAGGCUCUUGGCAGACUUCACCUCACUGUGUCUCGGGCUUAUAGAGUCAACCCUGAAAUCAACUUUGAAGUGUUCAUCCAUAAAGUGGAUGGCCUAUCAGAUGACCACAAGAUAGAGACUCAGAGGGAUAUUCACCAGCGAGCUAAUGAUGACCUAGCUGAUGCCAGUCUGGAGAAACUGCAUCUUAGCUUCUAUUUGACGAGUAUCUAUGACCACUCUAUAUUUGAGGCCUUCAGUAAAGUGGUUCAGAAGCUCAUCCCUCAGUUGCCUACUCUGGAAAACCUGCUCAACAUCUUUAUUUCUAAUUCAGGGAUUGAGAAGGCCUUUCUGUUUGAUGUGGUUAGUAAGAUCUACAUAGCAACAGACAGUUCGCCAGUGGACAUGCAGUCCUAUGAGCUGUGCUGUGAUAUGAUCGAUGUCGUCAUUGACGUGUCGUGUAUUUAUGGACUGAAGGAAGAUGGCAGUGGCAGUGCGUAUGAUAAGGAGUCAAUGGCCAUAAUUAAACUUAAUAACACCACCGUCCUCUAUUUGAAAGAGGUCACAAAGUUCCUCGCCCUCGUCUGUAUUCUUAGAGAAGAGAGCUUCGAGCGCAAAGGCUUGAUAGACUACAAUUUCCACUGUUUUCGCAAAGCGAUUCAUGAGGUAUUUGAGGUGGGACUGUCUACACCAAGGAUGGGUCUGCAGGCAGCUGGCACGCCUUGCAUGAUGAAGACAGUCGCCCUAAACGGCACCCCCAGGAGCACAGUGUAAGAGACAGCAGCUACAGAGUGGAGGAGGUAAAGAAUAGAGAGGAAGUGGGAGUCAGUGAAACACAGAAGGACAAUAAACGGGAGGCAUGCUAGCAUGCCAGCCAUUCUCUCUGCUCCCAAAAGCCUUAUACACAGAGCAAGGGACUCUAAAGCCACCGAAAGAAAACAUGCAGCACUGGGGCAGGUGCUGCAACAUAACUGGGGAAAGCUUGCUAAGCUACAAUAGGACGAAAGGGAAGAGGCACAAAAAGAAGCAAGUUUGAUUGCUCUCUUUGUGUGACUAAAAGGCAUUAACAAACUGUUCAAGAAUAAUAAGAGAUUGCAAACGAGUAACAAGAAAUGCAAGUCCCCAACAGGGCAGGGGAAAGCACCUCGGCACACUUGGCACGAAACCUUCACUCUCUUGAGACCUACCUGGCCAACAAAAGCUGUACUGUUCUGCUCUUGGCCACAAAAGGUGAUCAUACAAUGUAUCCCUGGUUUAAUCCUCAACAAGUAGUCUUGGAAGACACUGUGUAAUGAUACUAGGUAUUGUGCACCCUUCUGAGGACUAGUUUGGCCAAGUACACACAACACCACUUGUGAAGCCUUAUAUAGAGGUGACUUGCCUGAUGCAAGUAACUGCUUACAACAUAAUCAUGUUUCCCUAGCUGUUUCUUUUUUAAGGUUUUACAAGGAGAGUGAAAAGGGAUUGGAGUGUAUUGUUUAGUUUGUUUAUGUAUGAGUGGUGCGUGUGUGUUUGUGCGUGCGUGCGUGCGUGUUUAUGUGCGUGUUCCUCUCCUGCCGAUUCAGGCUUAUGGCUCACAAAAAUGUGACCUCACACAGGGCUGCACAGGUGUAUGAAUUUGGUUUUGUUUUGGGUUUUGGAGUUAUGAUUAAUUAUUAAUUGAAAUGAACAGUUAUUAAUGCCACAGCGUGCUUCAAAGAAAUCCUCGCGGUUUAUCAGGCCAGGAGGGCUGAUUUCUCUGAAAGGUCACAGAACACUCAGUGGGAACAUUUAUGUUGUCAGUGCACUCACCAAAAAAUGCUUGUGUUUUGUAGGAACACUCAUUUGAUGAGUAGCACUGUUUAUAACUAGUAGUGUUUGAUUUUGAUGCAGCAGACCUGUCGCUAAAUCCUAAAUAGAAUGCAUUCAUUGCUGUGUUUUACAAUGAGUUAAUUAGAGGCCAAACUUGAUAGUAUGUGAUUAAUUGUGCAGCCCGACCCUACUCUCACAUUGAGAAUGUGCUGAAAGUGUUGCAAAACAGCGAAAUAGUUGUACAGUUUAGCUGUAGGACACUGUGAUUGCACUCACUUCUGUUAGUCGCUUAGUCUCAGAGACUCCAGUGAAGUUACCACAUCGUUGGCACGUGGCCCUUUGAGUCAGAAUGACCUUUGAAAAAGUACAUUCCGGUUGUGUGGUGCCAACAUCUUAACACUUUCAUGUUCACUUUCACUUUUGUCACGAAAUUAAUGAUGUUUUGGUUGACUUUAAGACAUCAAACAUGAAAAUGUUUAUAUAUAAUACCAAUAUAAUACCCAUUCCAAGCAUGUGUACAGAAUCUAAGUUGUCUUGCAAUCAGCAUAACAUUUCUUAUUGAAUAAUAGGGGAAUAUGCACUAACUCAGUAUAAAUGAAAUUGGAGAAAGAACACAACCAAAUCUCUCAUUCUAAUUAUUAGCUAGGGUGAUUCUCUAGGUUUCCUGUGAUUCUCGCUUCUCAGACUGCAUAUAAGAUUACGUCUAUCUUUUAUGUUCUGCCAAAGAUGUUACCAUUCACAAAAAAUAAAACAUACACACCUGAAAAAA